AUCUACACGCGCGGAUAAAACGCCCGCACGCGCAUCGCCACCAACGAGCCAGCCGGUCGCCAACUUUUGCCUUUCGCCCCCAUCAUCACCAGCCCCCGCCGCCCCUCCCGCCGCCGCCGCUAGCCUUUUCGCUUCCAAGCUUCCAUCCCGCCCAUCAUCAGAUGGGCCAUCUUCUCCUGCUCCUACUGGCCCUCCUCCUCGCUUCCACCCGCGCCGCCUUCCACGCCAGCGCCGCCGCCUUCGCCGAGGACAAGCGCAUUGCGGGGAUCAGGGGCGUGAUAGGGUCGAGGCCGCCGAGCUGCGCGGGGCGGUGCCGGUCCUGCGGGCACUGCGAGGCCGUGCAGGUGCCCAUUUCUCCACAGGAGCCGGGGAAGAAGAAGAGGAGGAUGGAGCUUGGGCGCCAUGGCAGCCGGGCUGCUGCAGCCGGUGGUGGUGGUGGUGGGAGAGCAAUGCCGUCCUCCUACGACGACCACUCCAACUACAAGCCGUUGAGCUGGAGGUGCAAGUGCGGGCGCUUGAUACUGAGCCCAUGAAAUGCACGACAUAGUUCUAGACUACUAAUAGUAUAGCCAUCUUUUGGGGUUUUUUUGGUGGAUCUUGUUUGACUUUCUUAUGCGACACUGGUGGUCGGUCGAUCCUUUUGUCUGUUUGGUUGAUGUUGACCGGAGAUGAUGAAAUCUUGAGGAACUUGGUGUCCCGUUCUUGUUCCAAGAUGUACGUAGAGGGCUAAUCAGUUUUUGUAACGAGUUUGCGGUGUUGAUCAUGCAAUGCAGACGCGAAGGAAGGAACCAGCAGUUUUGCCCGUUUUGUUGCUAGCUUUUUCA